AUGGGCCCGCGAAAGCGUGUUUCCACUGGUGGCGCCAGCCGCGCGCAGCCUGCCAAGAGGCAGGCCGCUUCGCUGGACACGGUGAGCCCGCUGGGCGGGGAGGCCAGCCGGCCCGACGUGUGCUCGGCCUUCGUGAUGCACCCUUGGCUGAGCAAGGUGCUUGAACGAUUCGAUGCUGAAUGGAAGGAACACCAGGACGUGGUGGCUAUCUUGGACAACUUUUUCCCGACCAAAGAGAGCCAGCUUGAAUGGGGGAAGAGCCUGUCACAGCUCUUCCCGCCCGAAGAUGGCGUCCAGUACUUGAGCGAGUGGGCGGCCUCAUCAGGCGGCGAAGUCUUUCUGCGCCCCUUUCAGCCUUCCUGGCACCGGCAAGCUGGAAACAAGGGGUGGGUCAGCAUGGACCACUUCCGCAACCUCCUCCAGCUGAUCCUGGCGAAAGGGUUUGUGACCGAUGCCAAGAUCCCCGGGACCGAGAUGCCAGUUGUUCAGGAGCACAGCCUGGCGCUCUUCAGUGAGAACGAUCGGGGUGUGGACGUGUUCCUGCCUGCCAUCGAGACUGAAGUUUUGCCUGGCUUCUCCGUGUCAUGCGUCAAGGGCUGGACACGAGGAGUGGCCAUGCAUAUGACUAUCAAGCUGGCGAUGGAGACUGGCAUCCUCGAUCAAUAUCUACAGUUCCUCGGCCCUCGCGUCAGCGGGUUCAGCACCUUGCACGCGAUUCACCACUUGCGCCAGUCGGGGGAUGACAUUGUCGAUGUCAACCGAGGCAUGGGGCCGUUCUUUCAUUGCUUGCUACCCAAAGUCUAA